AUGACAACACCACCAAAAGGCGGCUUGAUUCUUGUAACCGGUGUUACUGGAUACAUCGCAUCCUGGACAGCCCUUAAACUCCUCGAACAAGGCUACAAAGUCCGAGGCACAGCCCGUACCCUCUCCAAGGCCGAAUUCCUUAAGGAUGGUCCCUUAUCCAAAUACGCAUCAAAUUUCGAAAUCGUCGAAGUAGCAGAUUUGGAAGACAAUGGGGCUUUCAAUGAAGCAGUAAAAGGUGUUGAUGGCAUUGCACAUAUUGCCAGUCCGUUCCAUUUUAGGGUUACAGACCCCUAUGUGGAUUUGAUCAAUCCGGCCGUUAACGGGACUGUAAAUUUAUUAAAGGCUGCAAAAGAGUAUGCCGGGCCACAACUUAAACGUGUCGUCAUAACUUCUUCCUUCGCUGCGAUUGUAGAGCCCCAUAAGCCAGGACAUUCAUUCGACGAAACACAAUGGAACCAACAUUCCAUCAACCUCGCUGAAACUUUUAAAGCCGAUCCUACCAAUCCCUCGAAACAGGUUCCUCCAAACGAAGCCUAUCGAGCAUCCAAAUCACUUGCUGAAAGAGCGCUCUGGGACUUCGUAAAAACGGAAAAGCCUUCCUUCGAAGUUGCAGCCAUCAACCCAGUUUUCGUUUUCGGACCCGUCAUCCACUCAGUUAAGGACGCAGAAAGCAUCAAUACCUCUGUAUUCCUGUUAUACAAGUUCAUCGCCGGACUCAACGCCAAGGUUGAAGAAGGCGUUGCACCGAAAGCAUUUGUUGACGUUAGAGAUGUUGCAGAUGCACAUAUUAAAGCGUUGCAAGUUGAAGAGGCAAAAGGACAGAGGUUCUUCAAUGUUGCUGGUGCUUUCAAAUGGGCGGAAGUUGUUGAGAUCUUGAGGAAGCAUAACAAGCUUACAAAGAAUGAUUACCCCCCUACUGGCGAAAAAGUUGAUAGUUACUUUUUUAAUAAUGCGAAGAGUAAGGAUGUUUUGGGUUUGAAUUAUAUAUCUCUCGAGGAUAGUGUUCUUGCCACGGCCGAGAGCGUCGAAAGGUUUGUGUGA